AUGGAUGGCGGCAGUGGAUUGAACAUUCUGUACGCUGACACCCUCCAAGGGAUGGGCAUUCCAAUGUCCAAACUUAGUGAGAGUAACAUGCAGUUCCACGACGUCAUUCCCGGAAAAAAGGCAAAGUCACUCAGACAAAUCGCUCUUGAUGUGGUUUUCGGUGAUUCCAAGAAUUACCGCAAGGAGAAGUUGACGUUUGAGGUGGUGGAUUUCCACAACGCAUAUCAUGCAAUUCCGGGCAGGCCCGUAUAUGCUCGUUUCAUGGCUCGACCAUGUUACGUAUAUCUCAUGUUGAAGAUGCCAGGGCCCAAAGGAGUGAUCACGGUCACAGGGAAUCGGCAAAGAGCAGAAGAGUGUCUUCAGAAAGGCUCAAAGAUUGCUGACGAGCAGAUGGCAGCAGUGGAGAUGAAAGAAUACCAGAAAAAUGCAGAUCCGAGUGAUUUGUUGUGA